UCAGCGCUCGACUAGAGGAAGAAAUAAUGGCAGUAGUUUGCUAGAUAGCUUGUCAACAACAGAAAAUAUUUGCAGAUUGAUUAAAACAUAGUUUAUUUAUAUGAUAACUUACGGAGCUUAUUAGAUGUGAUAACGUAGGGAAUGGUUGAUUUGAGUAACGUACAACAGUAAGAUCUGUAAAUUACACUGGCGAAUUGGCAGCAAACGUUAGCUCGUGAGCUGAAGACUAUGCGGCGCUAGCUAGUGGGUUUGGCGGGGGGUUUUUGUAGCAAUUAACUUGCUCUUGUUGGGAACAAGUUACACAGUUUGCAUUGUCUUGUCUUAAUUUCGACAACCGCAGCUGGAAUGUAGCUAACCGACUAGUAAAUACUGUUAAAUAUGCAGAUUCGCUAUUUCUAAAUGUGUCUAGACUAACGUUAGAAAGUUAGCUUGUCUGACAGUAGCUGCCACAGAACAGAAGAUGAUGACUGAAGACACAUUACUCUCUGAUCAUACUCCUGCUGGUUUUCCCCAGAACUCGCUUAUACAUUCGGCCUUUCAACAACUAAUUUCUGCCAGAACCAGUCGACUGAAACUCGACAACGUUGGAUUUAUUGCAGUAAUUGCAGUGCAAAGGUAUCUGGCGGAACAAGAAAGAACCAAAGACAAAUUUGUGGACAGCUAUUGCUACGACUUGACCGUUACUGACGGCAUCGUGCAAGCUAAAUGUCAUCUCGCAAGUGAUCUUAAUCAUCUGGUACACAAAAAUAUAAUUCGCAGUGGCAUUGAUGUACAAAUAACACAGUGCUCGUUUGUGUACAACGAGAGGAGAUUGGGUCAUGGUUCGGUUUGCAUUGAGAAAAUAGAGUUCGGCAACGUUUGUGAAGACUCUCGCAUUCUUCGCUCCAUAAAAGACCCAGCUGCUUUACCCAUCUGGUCAAAAGAAGGCGACGAGAGUGUGUUAGCCAUACAAAAUGACGUUCCACUCCAGACCCGUCGGAAAUAUUACUUGUCAUUGUGGAAUAAUGAGGAUCCACACGGUAGAUUAUGGAUCCCGGACAUGCCUCCAACGGACGUGGUUUUGAAUGUGUCAAAGAUGUUUCUGCUGUGUGAUCUAGACUCCGUCUACGGUAGCUCCCACCAAUGUCGGCCUCUUCUUGUUAGAAUAAUGAAUAAAUCACGGCUGAGGUUCUACGGAAAGGUGGACACAAAGAUUGACAUCCCAUUUCAGGCCUACUUUGAGGUUGCUGAUCAGAGUGGCUCCAUGUCCAUGGUCCUAUGGAAUGCCCUGUGUCCUGAGUGGUAUCAGAGACUCAAUGUGGGAACAGUUCUCUACCUUCAGAACUACACGCUCAAGCAAAGCUAUCAGAAGAGGACUCGGCCCUUUCUGGCAAACCCACAGAUGAGGAACUUCACCUCUCUAGAAAUUGGCUUGAAUCCACGGAACCCAGAAGCUGUCAUUGAUGUGAUUCCACCCAAGAGUGUAAAGCCGCAGUGGGGUUUACCUGAGGUCCCGUACCACUUCAUUUCCAGAUCUGAACUGGAUAACUGUCCCAGCAACAGUACCUGUGAUGUCAUCGGCCUAGUCUCGUUUGUAGGACGCUGUGAGCGGAUCAGGAACAAGGGCAACGCAGUCCCUGAGAAAUACUGGACGUAUCGCUGGGUUCAUGCCAUAGACGGAACCUCAGACUGCCCAUUUGUUCUGGAGAUAUUUGCUUCAUCGCAGCCUGAGAUAUUUAGUGGGAUUUAUCCAAUGACGUACCUGGUGUGCACUCAGAUGAGGGUGUGUCGACCCACGGGCUCCACCGUGGUCUACCUCACCAGUUCCACCGAGACCCAGAUAUUCACCACUGGGUACCACAAGGGCCAGCCGUACGUCCGCAGUCCCGCGGUGAAGGCCUUCAUCCAGUGGACCAAGACCCUGAAGGAAAGCGAGGUGCUGAAGAGGACGGUCGUCGGCGGACAUUACUGCUUCCCCCCGGCGCCCCCGGUCUUCACCCAGGACAUCACCGAUGGCUCCGCUGAGGUUCCUGUAGUUCCUGCAGGCAAGCUGCAGGAGGAGCUAGAGAGCUUGCAGUACCGAGAGCACAAGCGGGUGGCUAUUCAGGGCCAGAUCACAGCUGUGCAGUAUGUGCCAUGGCCUGAGGAAGAACAGGCUUCUUUACAGCCCGCUGAACAGGUCGCCCCAGAGAGCUCCGACGUCAGCAGGUCUCUGCCCCCAGAGGAUCAUGGGAUUGGUACGGCGACCGAGACCCCAGCGGGCAGCGGCACGCAGCCUGCCGACGCGGUCCCCUCGCCGCGGAAACGCAAAAGAAAUCAGCGGGCGAACAGAGAGCUCAGGCGGCGAUACGCAACGCGAUCCGUGGUGCUGCGGGAGAGCAAAUCCGGACAAAACCGCACAGAGGAGGAGCUCCUUGAGGAGGAGAGGCAAGAUUCAGAACCGGAGGAGGAGGAGGAGGAGGAGGAGGACGCACGGGGGGAGGAAGACCAAGCCUCUGGCCACGAACGCCAGAAUGCCACAGGUGCCCUACUCAGUACAGACACCCAGGCACAGCUGGUGGAUGACCGUCCCAGUGCAUUGUGGGAAAGCAGCGCAUGGACAUUGCUGAGAGCGGACUUGCAGGAACAUUUACGUUUUGGUGGCCUGGAGCCUGAGAGCAUUCCACGCAGAUUCAGCUAUGAGGACCGAGAGUACCUUCUGCACAAAACCGGCCUUCACCCCGCCAAGUGGACCGUGGAUGACUUCCACCCCAACCAAGAUUUAAACAGAUACCCUCCAGUGGCCUACAAAGGCCAUUUCAGAAUCACGAUCCUGGGCAUAAACCAGCAGGCGGCCAUCGACGCGCUGUUCGUGCCAGUGCUGUCUCCUGAAGACCCCCGGAGCGUCGGACUGCCGCGAGAUCCCCACGACAACACGCUGGUCUCCUGCCUCUCCGCAGGAUCAGUCAGCCCCAUCGGUCACCCUGCGGACGGGGGCCAGCCCGCCCUCCCCGACUCAGGUGAUGUCAUACGCACAGCAGCCGAGCUGGAGGGCAUGCAUGUCGUGUGCAUCCUUGACUUCUGUCACCUAGGAGGGCAGAAGGUGGAGGUCUUCCUCAACAAGAUGUACAAGAUGACCGACGUCGCAUUGGUGUAGGUGCCUCGUGACCAAUGCAGGGAGGACAAAUCCUAACAACUGUCACGUUGUUCUAUUUAAUAUUGCAUUUCAUUGCAUUGGUCCUGUUUUAGAGGACCAAGGUCCUGGUGUCCAUGUUGCUUUGCUUUGUGAGCUGGCAAAGAUUUUUCUGAGAGAUAGAACCACCUGGUUUCAUAUUAAUGUGCAGUUACUCUGUUUUGAAGUAUAGGGCCUUAUUUUUGUGAAGUAUUGCAUUUAAAAUAGAAAUGCACAUUGUACAGUACAGUGAUCCCAAACGAAAAUGCACUGAAUAGGCUGUGUCUUCCUUUUUUACUUCACAUAGUGAAGAUGUAACAUGGCAGAGAGAGAAAUGUUUAGAGUGUAAAGCACAAGUAGGCAUAUGUUUAAUACUCUUUUCCACUCUUUUUAUAAGUCCAGAGGUAUUUCUUUUCUUUUUUUCUAAAGAAUAAGCAAUACUGCAGCUUGCAGAACUGCAAAUAAUUAAAGUCAAUUAAAACAAGAAAGUCUUCCUUUUGAUU